CAUUUGCAUUCAUUUGACUAGCUUCUUUCUUCUCUCCUCUUCCCUCAAACGACACCCACCCACUACUUUUUUUUCUUGGAAAAUUAAAAGUGACCAAUUAUUUUUUUUAAGGCACCUACAUAAAAUGGAUAAUAAUAUCCCUGAAAGUGUGAGAAAGAAAGUGAUAAUCAAAGAACUUGUCAAGGGUCAAGAAGCUGCAACCAAACUCAAGUUUCUUCUUCAGAAUGAGAAUCCCUAUGGAGCUGAUCAUCUUGCUGCAUAUGUGCUGAGAUCUUUCACUGAGGCUCUUUCUAUUAUCUCUCAACCAAGUUGUGAUGAUUUUCUGAAUCUAAUUAAAUCUGCAGAUUCUAUUAAUGAAAGUAGGAAGAAAGGAAGAAGAGGUUGCUACAAAAGAAGGAAGAGUGCAGCUGAGAUAUGGACCAUAGUUUCCCAAACCAUUGUUGAUAAUCAUUCAUGGAGAAAGUAUGGGCAGAAGAAAAUCAUGGAUUCUGAAUUCCCCAGGAGUUACUUCAGGUGUUCACAUAAAGAUGAUCAAGGUUGCUCAGCAACCAAACAGGUGCAAAUGACACAUGACAAUCCUGACAUGUAUCAAACUACAUACAUUGGCAUCCACACAUGCAACAACACUCCUAAAGCAAGUACUUCUAAUGAGGCAAUAUUUGUGAAUUCUGAUGCUGAAGUAACACCAACACCAAGCCUAACUAUAAAACAAGAAUAUCUCAAAGAAGAAACUCCGAGUAAUGUUAUGGAAUGUGAUGAUGCAGAUGAUAUGCUAGUGUUUCAAAAUCUAGCACUGGAAUUUGGGGACAUUGAAUUCAACUUUGAUGAAAAUUAAGCUGUUGCUUCAAUGCUUUGAUUAGUGUCUAAUUAAGUUUAAUAUUAAUUAUUUGUUGAUACUAGUAUUAAAUUUGAUCAUCUAAUUUAUCACUACAAAUUAA